GUUAAUUUUCUUCAAGUGAGGACGCAUCAUUCGUCACGAUCUGUUGUUCCUGAUAUGGCAACCCGAGGCCAGCCCUACCCUAUCAGUGUAAGAUGGCGAUUUGCUUGCGUAUUGCGAUGUCAAGUGGGAUUUAUCAUUUUGCUGACAUUACUGGGCGAUAGAGUGGCUGGGCAGAUUCGUUAUUCUAUUCCAGAGGAGAUGAAGAAAGGCUCUGUUAUUGGUAAUGUAGCACAAGACCUCGGUCUGGAUCUGAAAAGGCUCCGCUCUGGUCGGGCCCGUAUCGUGAGCGGAGAAAACAUCCAGUACACCGAGCUGAAGACAGACAAAGGGAUUCUAGUUGUGAAUGAGAGAAUAGACAGAGAGCAGCUGUGUGGAGACAUAACGCCGUGCAGCUUCAGCUUCGAAAUGAUUUUAGAAAAUCCAAUCGAACUUCACCCUCUGAAAAUAAUGAUCCAGGACCAGAACGACAACCCCCCUCAGGUCCUGUACCCAGUCCAGACUGGUGGCUCUGUGGUGGCUGAGAUGGUGCCUCGUUCAGCAGAUGUGGGCUAUCUGGUGACUAAAGUGGUGGCUGCUGAUGUGGACUCUGGCCAGAAUGCGUGGUUGUCGUAUAAACUGCAGAAAGCCACAGACAGGGCGCUGUUUGAAGUGGGCUCACAGAAUGGAGAAAUAAGAACUAUCCGCCAAGUGACUGAUAAAGAUGCAGUGAAACAAAGACUGAGUGUGAUAGUGGAGGACAACGGGCAGCCCUCUCGUUCAGCUACAGUCAUUGUGAACGUGGCGGUGGCGGACAGCUUCCCUGAAGUGCUGUCGGAGUUCACUGACUUUCCACACGACAAGGAGUACAAUGACAACCUGACUUUUUACUUAGUGCUGGCUUUGGCUGUAGUCUCCUUCCUGUUCAUCACGUGUUUGGUGGUGAUUAUAUCAGUGAAAAUCUACAGAUGGAGACAGUCUCGCGUGCUGUAUCAGUCCAACUUGCCUGUGAUUCCAUAUUAUCCACCACGUUACUCAGACACUUUGGGGACAGGGACUCUGCCACACGUGUACAACUAUGAGGUGUGCAGGACGACCGACUCGAGAAAGAGUGACAUGAAAUAUAUGCAACCGAUGAGUCAAAGUUUAGUGAGUGUGGAUGGAGCUGGGACUGAUACACCGCAGUCGUUGGAGUAA